CAAGAACAGGCAGGCGAGGCAGGCAGACGCACACAGUGACGGAGGGAAACGCACACCACCAUGGGCUGCUGUAACAGGAGGUGCGGGCUGAUAGCCGGAGCCGUGUUCGGGGCGGUGCUCGCCGUCUUGGGGGGUGUCCUCCUCCCAGUGGGGAACAGCAUCGUGCGGACGACAGUGGAGACGGAAGCCGUCAUCGAGCCCGGAACGACAGCCUACGACAACUGGGUGGCCGGGGGCGUGCUGGUCUACAGGCAGUUCUGGUUCUUCGACGUGCAAAACGCAGAGGAGGUCGUGAAGAGCGGAGCGACCCCGGUGGUGAUGGAAAAGGGGCCGUACACGUACAAGACAAGAUAUCUCGCCAAGGACAACAUCACAUUUAACGCCAACAUGACCGCCUCCUUCGUGCUGCCCGUGGGCGCCAUCUUCGACCCGUCCAUGUCGGUGGGAACGGAGGAGGACAGAGUCACUUCCCUGAACCUGGCGGUGGUGGCAGCUUACUCCGUGGUUCCAACCCUGUUGCAUAGUAUGCUGGAAGCUAUAAUGGUUGCGACCAACUCAUCCUUGUUCCAGUACCGUUCAGUCAAGGAGUUGCUGUGGGGUUACAAUGACCCUUUGUUCAAAUCACAGCUGGGCCUGUUUUUCCCUUACAACGGUACCUAUGAAGGCAGCUUCAAUGUUUACACCGGCAAAGACGACAUCUCCAAAGUGGGAAUAAUUGACAGGUGGCGAGGAGAGAGGAGCCUUCAUUUCUGGGACGACAAGUACUGUGACAUGAUCAACGGGACAGACGCCUCUUCGUUCGCUCCCUUCGUGGACAAGAAGACGCCGCUCUAUUUCUUCUCAUCGGACAUCUGCAGGUCAGUGUCAGCUGGCUUUGAAGAGAGCCUCGACCUCAAAGGAAUCGAAGUGUAUCGCUUCGCCCUCCAGCAGGACACCCUGGCCUCCCCUACGGUCAACCCGGACAACCGGUGUUUCUGCAAAGACAACAAGACCACCAGGAACUGCACCCUGGCCGGGGUCCUGGACAUCAGCACCUGUCAAGAUGGAAAACCCAUCUUCAUCUCCCUGCCUCACUUCCUCUAUGGCAGCGACUACCUGCGAGAAGCCGUGAAGGGCCUCCAUCCCAGCAAGGAGCACCACGACACCUUCCUGGACGUGGAACCUACAACUGGGUUCACCUUGAGGUUUGCCAAGAGAAUUCAAGUGAAUAUGGUGUAUGGACCAUCAAAAGACAUCACUGUGCUCCAGAAAGUCAAGGACUACACCAUUUUCCCUCUUGUGUGGAUGAACGAGACGGCCGCGUUGGAUGACGAAGCGGCGGAGAUGAUUAAGGGGGAGCUGAUGUCACGUCUCCAGAUGUUGGACAUAUUGUGGAAAGCCCUCCUGGGAACAGGCGUGGCCAUCUUCUUAGUGUGUUCCAUCUCCUACUGUGUGGUGAGGAGUAACCAAAGCAAGGUGGCGUGAACGGGGUCCGCCUGCCUGCGAGCUGCAGGGCAAAGUGCAUUUAAGCUGCGACCUUUUGAUAUGUAGCUGCACUUUUUUUUGUAAUUCGACUUGUAACCAGACUUCCUUUUACAUCAGGGGAGGAAUACUGUGAUUUUGUAAAGCUCAAGAGCUUUGCUAAGAAUUAUUUGAAUUUGCUAACACUGUACCAUUAAUUAAAUCAGGGAUCUUUUGUGAGAGAGAGACAGACAGAGAGAGACAGAGAGAGAGAGAGAGAGAGAGAGAGAGAGGGGGGGACAUUAAUUCAGAGGAGAGACGGGUUUGUUUGAAUCCCCAGAAAAUAAACGUACAUGAAUCUGAUCUGGCAUCAAUGUUUGUAUUCUUUGCACAACCCGGAGUCGUCGAAAUGAAUAAAUGCUGAGAGGGGA